CGGAAGAGGACCUGCGCUACAACAAUUUUUUCUUAAUCGCCAAGUUACUCACAGAAGGGUUGUGUAGCGCAAAGAAUGCUGGGAGUUAUUUAGGCUCCAUACUGUGGUCAAGAUGUCUGACAUGGAGGAUGAUUUCAUGUGCGAUGAUGAGGAGGAUUAUGACCUGGAAUACUCAGAAGACAGCAACUCCGAGCCCAACGUGGACUUGGAGAAUCAGUACUACAAUUCCAAAGCACUGAAAGAAGAUGACCCAAAAGCUGCUCUCAGCAGCUUCCAGAAGGUGCUUGAACUUGAGGGUGAAAAGGGUGAAUGGGGAUUCAAAGCAUUGAAACAGAUGAUCAAAAUCAAUUUUAAGCUGACUAACUUCCCUGAAAUGAUGAAUCGGUACAAGCAACUCUUGACAUAUAUUCGCAGUGCUGUCACCAGGAACUACUCUGAGAAAUCCAUCAACUCCAUCUUGGAUUAUAUCUCUACUUCAAAACAAUUUCUCGGCCUGUCUUCUCAGAUGGAUCUGCUCCAGGAAUUUUAUGAAACAACAUUGGAAGCCCUGAAGGAUGCCAAAAAUGAUAGGCUUUGGUUUAAAACCAACACAAAGCUUGGGAAGUUGUACUUGGAGAGGGAGGAGUACGGCAAGCUCCAGAAAAUUCUCAGACAGCUCCAUCAGUCAUGUCAGACUGAUGAUGGAGAGGAUGACCUGAAGAAAGGCACGCAGCUCCUGGAGAUCUACGCGCUGGAAAUCCAGAUGUACACAGCACAGAAAAACAACAAGAAGCUCAAAGCUCUGUAUGAACAGUCCCUACACAUCAAGUCUGCCAUUCCACACCCCCUCAUUAUGGGGGUGAUCCGAGAGUGUGGCGGUAAGAUGCACUUGAGGGAGGGAGAGUUUGAGAAGGCUCACACAGACUUCUUUGAGGCAUUCAAGAAUUACGACGAGUCUGGAAGCCCGCGGCGAACCACCUGUCUGAAAUACCUGGUGUUGGCCAACAUGCUGAUGAAAUCCGGCAUCAACCCCUUCGACUCUCAGGAGGCAAAACCGUACAAAAAUGACCCCGAAAUUCUCGCCAUGACAAAUUUGGUAAGUGCCUACCAGAAUAAUGACAUCACAGAGUUCGAGAAGAUCCUGAAGACGAACCACAGUAACAUAAUGGAUGACCCCUUCAUAAGGGAACACAUCGAAGAAUUAUUGCGGAACAUCAGGACACAAGUGCUCAUCAAGUUAAUUAAGCCUUACACUAGAAUACACAUACCUUUUAUCUCUAAGGAAUUAAACAUUGAGGUUCCAGAUGUGGAAAGCUUGCUUGUUCAGUGCAUAUUAGACAAUACGAUCAAUGGCCGCAUUGACCAGGUCAAUCAACUCCUGGAGCUUGACCAUCAGAAAAGAGGCGGAGCCCGCUACACGGCAUUAGAUAAAUGGACCAAUCAGCUGAAUUCUCUCAACCAAGCCAUUGUCAGCAAGCUGGCUUGACCGGUCUAAUGAUCAUCCGGCAGCCUGUCUCUCCUUUGGCAACCAUGGACAGUCGAGGGCAAAAUACUACUGUCAAGUCAUGUGGCACCUCCUAGCUGGCUGAUGGUGUGAGAGUGUGUGUGUUCUGGCUUAUCUGUGUAAGGCUGCUGCUUUCACUUGGAGCUAAGCACUGAAUCCAAGGCACACCAAAAAAGAAAAAAAAAAACAUCUUGACUAUAUCCUCUGUCCAGAUGUCCCCAUUGUCAGUUGUUGUUCACACAGCAGUGAUAUCUUUUUGGGAGAGGUAAACUUCAAAUUACUGACUUGUGGUCAUGGUUCAUUUUACAAGUUAAUUUACGUCAUUGUUUGAUAAACAUUAUUUCCAUGGAAUCAUUUCUCUGGUCAGCACUUUGGCUAUCACAGACAGCAUGUUUUCCUGGUCCUGCGCAAGGCUCUGAACUUUGAUCAGAUACACCACUGAGGUCUGCAUAGAGCGUGUAAUUAUCGGCACUCCUUGUUUUUGCUGAGAGGAAAAAAAGUGUCUCUGUUACGUUAUAACGCUAUCUCUGAUCUUUUGUUUUGUUGGGAAUAAACUGUAAUAAAUGAUGCCCAUAAUGCUUCUAUUGAA